GGAACGCCGAAGCCCAUCCUCAAGUCAGAGAUGGACACCGAGAUAUUAACAGUAACACAAAGGUUCUUACACAAAGGAUCUGACCACAGAUCAGACCCAGAGAGACUGGGCUGUCCUCCUGCUCCCGGCUCAGUCUAUUUACCGGUAUUUCACCAGAGCCAGAUUAAUUCUCAUGGUGAUGGUGACUCGUUAGACACUGACGGGGAUGUUCCAUGUUGUUCUUACACAACAGAGAUGGACCCUGGCAACAUAUCCUUGGGUUUAGAGACACAAACUGAUCUGUCUAGAGGAGACUGGAACCAGUACACUAGUAGUGUAUACUCUGAAGGGUGCCUAGAUAAGAAAGGGGAGGUCAUAGUGGUAGAUGAGGUGACUGUAAAAGUGGAGGGCUACGCUUCUCCCCUAUUGAAUGCAGAUAGUCACCUAGGAGACGGACAAUCACAUGGCAGAGAUUUCUUAGAUUAUAGGGGAAGCUUAGAGACAACUGUAAAUGUUGCCACCCUCUCCCCUUUACACACGUUCAGGGAUCGCAAUCCAGGGUCCACGUCGAUGGCACCUUCCGCAUCACACAGCCAUGUCCUUUCCAAUCAGCUGUUGAACUCAAAUGACCGGGCUAGAGCCCAGGCUCAGGGAGGGGGAGCCACAUCAGGCAAUGUUAAAGAGAAACGGUUCCUCUGCAUGUUCUGUAACAAAGGCUUCAGCUGCUUCCAGAAGGUGGAGAUCCACCAGAGGGUCCAUACAGGGGUAAAACCCUUCAGCUGUACCCAGUGUCAUAUGCGCUUUUCCGUGGCUGGCAACCUGAAGAGGCACCAGAGGGUCCACACAGGGGUGAAACCCUUCAGCUGUACGCAUUGUCAAAUGCACUUCGCUCAGGCUGGUGACCUGAAGAGGCACGAGAGGGUCCACACAGGGGAGAAACCCUUCAGCUGCCCCCAGUGUGAGAAGAGGUUCUCACGCCAGCACCAGCUGAAGAUUCACCUGAAGGUCCACACGGGAGAGAGGUUGUUCGCCUGUACGCACUGCAGGAAGAGUUUCUCAGAGAGAAGCUACCUCCGGAUACACCACCAGAAAAAACAUUCCACUCAAUGACAUAGAAAGUAACCAUUCCAUUCAACAGCUUCUGACGUUUUUGUCAAACCAAGCAUUAAACACAAAGAUUUGUUUUCAUUGUUGUCAGCUAAAAAGACCCACAGAUGCAUUUGGAAUAACAAGGGUAACAUAUUUCAGUAUAUAUUGCUUCCAGACAUUGUAAAAUAAAAGGCAUACAGUGCAUUCGGAAAGUAUUCAGACCCUUGACUUUUUCUACAUUUUGUUACUUUACAGCUUUUCCUAAAAUUGAUUUAAAUAAGAACAAAUCAAUCUACACACAAACG